CACUCCUCUCUCUCCUUCUGUACUCGUCUCUCUCUGCUCUGAAUACGUUCAUCAUGCCUCGUGCUAGCAUUGACCGGGCCAGGAAGCCUUACAGCCGACCUGCUCCUGCUGCUCGCCCUCAAGGCGCAGAUGGACAGUGGCUCCACGACAGGGCACCCGGAGUACCCCGCGCAGUACAAAACACAGCAAGUGCAAAGGCCACUAACGGGGUCACAAACACGAGAAUCAUUGUCUCAAAUUUACACUACGAAGUGACUCCCAAAGACUUGAGUCAAAUAUUUGGGCAGAUUGGCACGUUAGUCCGUGAGCCACAGAUCAGGUAUGACCGCAGCGGCCGUUCGUCCGGCGUCGCCGUCAUCACCUUCGAGACCCCCGCCGAGGCGACGAGGGCGAAGAAGCAGUUUGAUGGGAUCUUGGCUAAAAACCAACCCAUGUCGAUAGCGUAUGACACCGCCCCGCCUCCAGGAAAGAAUACGCGCCGAAACGCGAGCACACCCUCGCUCAUCAACCGCAUCGAGAAGCCCCCCCUCCUCGACCGCCUGAGCAAGACAGACACGAACUCAAGGCCAGCACCUGCCCCACGUGGCGGUGUCGGGCCAGUACGUACCAAGGCGCGCGGCGGCGCAGCAAGUGCACGUGCGCCCGCGCGGAAAGAGCGCGAGAAGCCCAAGACGGCCGAGGAGCUCGAUCAGGAGCUCGAGGCAUUCAUGAAGGACGAGAUCACCGCCGCCCCUGCUGCCGCCCCAGCGACCGCUUCCGCUGGCAAUGCUGCUGCUGCGCCUGCUGCGGAGAACGGCGACGUUGAGAUGUCUUGAGGUGUAGUGGUAUAGGUUUGGCUCUCCGGAAAUGGUAUACGGACUUGUGUUAUGUUCGUACUCUACAUAUCGGUUUUGAUUGUCUUUCCCUGCGCAUCUUGAUUGUAAAUCUGAUAGUAUCGUGGUGCACUCGAUGCUUUUCGGCAUUGUAACCUGCAAUCGCUCCUUUGCC